GUUCAGACAGCCCAGUACGCGUCAACUUCGCCACUCCUCCAACUCUUAACAAAAGGAGACGCGCAGAAACCUCGUCAAACUCCGAAGCUGGGAACGCGGAAACUGCAGCGGGACAAACAACCGGAGUGUGAACGCGGGCGACAGCGACUGAUGAAGUGAGCGAGCGGCGGCGGCAAUCUAAGGGACGGGAAGCGCGCGACCGUAGGAGUCGAGAGUGCGCAUGUCGAUGCGCGCGCCGGCAGAGAGACUUUCACAGACUGAACAGCCUUCUGCAAUGAGAGAGAGUGAAGGUACAUCAAUGUCUUCAGAAAUGCAGCAGCUACAAAACCGCUUCACUUCUUUGCUGAAUAACCUAAAGAGAAAUUCUAAGAUUGUAGAAUUAAUGAAGUCGCCGUUAGGACAGUAUCUGGACAGCCAUCCAUUCCUUGCCCUGGUGCUGCUGGUCUUCAUUGUGAUGGCAACUUUGCCCACUGCUCUCUUUUUGUCUUUUGCUGUUAUAUCGUUUGUGGUUACAUCUGUUGGCUUCAUCUUACUCGAAGGUUUUUUUUUAUUUAUAGGUGUGCUGGUUCUGCUUUGUGUGCUGUGCAGCCUCUCCAUCAUUGCAUUCAGCGUAACGGCCAUUCUCAGUGCCUUUUAUGUCUUGACGUCCAAUGUUGUGAAUCAGUACCAGAUCCAACGCUCAAGACGGAUGAAGCAAGACACCUCUGAGAAAUCACCUACUUCUGAGCAACAGACAGAACAAAAAAGUGAUUAGAGAUCCAAUGAGGGGUUUAUGCCCAGUGCUUACCCUCUGCCACGACUUCCUUCACAGUAUUUUUCAGUGAAAGAAUCUAAUUUUGGUGCUUUUAUGUGCCUUUCAGAUUUAUCAGCAUUUAUAAUUUAAUAGUUCUAGACUGCCACAGGAGAGGUUUGAUGAAUGUGAUUAGGAAUAAUUAGCACUUUAACUUGAUGUUUUAUGCAAAGCCGCCUUUACAAGGAGGAAGAGACUCGUGCCUCCCCACCUGCAGCCCGGAGAGCAGCUGCAACGCUGGCAUCGAGGAUCAGAGAAGGAAUUUGUGACACGUAAACAAAUAGGAUGAAGGUGAUCCGGGUGUAAAUAAUGUAUGAUGUUGAGCUGAAUGAAAUACGGAGGCUGCCCUUCUUCUUGAUCUCAUUUUCUUAAAGGAGAGUGAAAAGUAAAGGUGAAAGCAGCAGGUAUCGGGCAUUGACGCUCUGUUCUCUAUGUCUUCAUCAGCCUGACUUGUCUCUGUAUUGCAGGAAUGUUUUUUAAAAUGCAUUUCUGAGUUCAUUGUUGUGUUCACAUAGUAAAAUGAAGUGCCUUUUUUUGAAUAUUACCUGCUUUUUCACAAAAAAACUAAAUAAAUUCGGUACAGUUACAUGUUUAUUUUUUAAUGAUAGAAUACAUUUAUGGCCAUUUUGCCCAAGAUUUUAAAGGAAACAGAUUUCUUUGCUCAGCGAGGAACACUAACUGAUUUGAUUGAUUUCUUUAAAACUGCUAUAAUUGUUAUGAAGUAUUCACACAAUACUUUAGAGUUCUGUAGCACACUAAGUUUAAGAUUGUGUAUUAAACAGCACCUUACGUGUUAA